CAAGAGAGAAAUACAGAGAAUUUCCUCCCAAAUAAUUCUUUCAUGAUAUCGGAGCCAAAACCCUAGAGUUUUUCAGCGACUACUGUUCACGAUCGCCUGGCAUGGCGUCCAUCGAUCGUUGCUCAGUUUCAGUCGUUUGUUGUUGUUGCCGGAAAACGGAACGGUCGACCGUUGCUCUUGAACGGUCGAGCACGUCGACCGUCUCGUCGGCAGAUUGUGUGAUAGAUGCUGCUGUUGAUUCUUCUGCCACCGCCGUAUGCCACUCUGCUACCGCCAUGGCCGAUGAACAACCAAGGAAGAUGUUUUUCUCCCUAUCAUCGUGUGUUUCUAGUAUGAAGCUUUCAGAAAUUGGUAUGGGUGAGCAGGAAGGAGGACUUUAUUACUUCAAGGAGCCAGAAAAGAAGAUGGUGUGCAGUGCGAAGAAGGAGAGUGCAUCUCUUGAUACAGGAAGUAAAAAUGAGGUUAGCUCUUAUGAUGAAGAUGAAGAAACGCGGACGGAAGAACAGAUGGACCGUUCCAGGAGGGACGGUGGACCAGAGGAAAGCGGUAGAGCAGACAGGCUACAGACGGUCGACCUGAUGGACCGUUCGGAUGUCCACGGUCGACCGUCCGAGAGGCAGAAUGACGGGUUCCUGAGAGAUGACCAAACGGUCGACCUGGUGGACCGUUCUGAUAUCCACGGUCGACCGUCCGCAAGGCAGAAUGACGUUUCUUUGGGAGAUGAUCAAACGGUCGACUGUGAUAUGGAAGACGGUCGACCAUCUCCGAGAUCCCCCCAGCCCAAUGAAGCCAACGACCCCCUUGUGGCGAUGGUGAACCAAGCAUGGUACCAUAACAACUAUCUCGCCAUCAACAUUAUCCUUGAGGGGUUGGGAGAUUCGUUGUACCCCGUCUACGCCGGUGCAAAGCUUGCCAAGGAGCUUUGGAAUAGCUUGAACAAAAAGUAUCAAGCUGAAGAUGCCGGCACAAAGAAGUUCAUCGUCGGGAAGAUGCUGGACUACAAGAUGGUCGGGAGCAAAUCUGUUGUCGCCCAGGCUGAGGAGCUUACAGUAAUCUUCAACAAGUGCAAUAAAGAGAAAGUAGGCGUCAGCGAAGCCUUCCAAGUGGCGGACAUCAUCCACAAACUUCCCCGGUCGUGGGAAGACUUCCAAGCCGACCUCAAGCUCAAGAGAACGGAGCUAAACCCGGAGCAACUGCUCACACGACUGAGAAUCAGAGAGGAGGGGCUUGCUAGAAGAAGUGGAAGGGCAAAGGCGAAUGUGGUAGAACAUCCGUCGGGCUCUUCACAUGGCGGGAAGGACAAAAAGAAAAUGGGUCCUAAGGGUGGUGUUUCAAAAUUUGUAGGGAAAUGCUACAACUGUGGCAUUACCGGGCAUCGUUCCUCUGAUUGUAGGAAAAAGAAGCCACAAAAGGGAAAGAAGAAAACCACUGAAGCCAUGUGUGCGGAGCUGGACAACUUGGACCUCUGCGCGGUUGUCACCGAGGUGAAUCUAGUCAGUUCGUCCAAACGUUCUCAUACUGAGAUGAUGGAUAAUGAUGAUCCAAAUCAGUUGAAUUCCGAUGACGAUGAUGAAGUCGAACAUGAGACUGGACUGAGACGAAGUACAAGAAUGCGAACUGAAAAGAUGUUCGGUUUCUGACUUCAUAACAUAUCUGAUAGAAUUUGACAAAGGAACUUUGUCAUUUC